AAAAAUUUUUUAGGCCAUCCAAUAUUCUCUGUUGACAUACAUCCAGAUGGUUCACGUUUUGCAACUGGAGGUCAAGGAGCAGACACUGGUCGCAUUGUGAUAUGGAAUAUGUCACCAAUAAUUGAUGAAACAGAUGAGAAAGAUGAAAAUGUUCCAAAAUUAUUGUGCCAAAUGGAUAACCAUUUAGCUUGUGUAAAUUGUGUAAGAUGGUCUGGCAGUGGCAAAUAUUUAGCAUCUUGUGGCGAUGACAAGGUCCUGAUGAUAUGGCAGAUCGGAAGAUAUGGCACAGGCUCAACUGCUUUUGGAAGUGGAGGAAAAAUGGUUAAUGUUGAGCAUUGGAGAUGUGUUAGUACAUUGAGAGGGCACUCUGGAGAUGUCUUGGAUUUAUCUUGGUCCCCUCGGGAUGCUUGGUUAGCAUCUUGUAGUGUGGAUAACACCAUAGUGAUUUGGAACACCCUGAAAUGGCAGGAAAUUAUUGCUGUUCUCAAAGGACAUACUGGCUUAGUUAAAGGUGUUUCUUGGGAUCCUGUUGGAAAAUAUAUAGCAUCACAGUCAGAUGAUAAAACAUUGCGAGUUUGGAGAACUCAUGACUGGCAACAAGAAGCUAUAAUUACUGAACCAUUUCUUGAGUGUGGUGGUACGACACAUGUCCUACGUUUGAGCUGGUCUCCCGAUGGCCGGUAUUUGGUUUCUGCCCAUGCCAUGAAUAAUUCUGGGCCUACUGCUCAGAUUAUUGAGAGAGAUGGAUGGAAAGCCAACAGGGAUUUUGUAGGCCAUAGGAAAGCUAUCACAUGUGUU